AUGGAACCCCCGCUCACACCGACACCGGUCCCUACUACCAACGGGCUGACCACGAAUGGUAUCAACGGCACCAACGGUACCAACGGCAUCAAUGGGCGUCACUCUCCCGGGGACACGGUCGGAGAACCUAGCACCUCAGCGACAGCGUCGACCUUCGACCCGUCGGUGUUCAAAACUUAUAUCCUCGCGCUGCUACCCGCGUUGUUAGGCGCGUCGCCUGAGGAUUUAGCGGACCUGUUCGACGAUUACUUUGAAGAGAGGGUGGCUCGAUUUGCGGCAGAAGGGAAUGGCGUGAUCUACGUAUCGAAGAUCAAGGACGAUGUCGAAGAUGACGGGCAGCCGCCCACGUACACUUACCAAUUGACAACACAACUCAGUUACACUCCAGCUCAAGUCAUGACAGUAGCCCUCAUCAAGCGGACGCCGACGCUGGAUCCUCUCACUCCGCUGGCAGCACAACUACACGUCCUUAACCUGUUUGGAGGCGAUGAAACACCAUACGAGAGUUUGCAUGCAGUCGUCAGUGCCGGUGUUAAGCCCUGGUUCGAAGCAUUCGUAGGGUCAAGAGGGGGGGUGAAGGACAACGAUACCAAGAUGGGCAUACCUAUGACCAAGAAGAAGUUCGCCGAACUUGAACUCUCCUUGCUUCACCUCCAACAGAACGUCGAAAUUCCCGAAACACACCUCAUUAUCCAUCCCGCGAUCCAAAAAGCCGUCGAAGCCGCGCACGCUGCCAACCGGCGACCCACCAUCUCCGACCUCCCGCCCAAGCUUCUCAAUGACUCUACCUUCCUCAAUACAUUGCAUGCGCAUGUAAACGCGUGGAUCAAGAGCAUCCAGGCGGUGACGAAGCUCAACCGGGAUGUCAGCAGCGGGACGGCAUCGCAGGAGAUCAACUUCUGGCUGAGUUUGGAGAGGGCGUUGGAGGGUAUCGAGGCGCAGCUGAGAGGUGACGAGGUGCUGAUGGUCAUGGAGUGCUUGAGGAACGCGAAACGAUUCCAUGCGACGGUCAGUUUCAUCGCGGACACCGGAUUGAAGGACGCGACAGAUCAAGUACACAAGUACAACCAGCUCAUGAAGGAUUUCCCCCUCAAUGAGCUGCUAUCCGCCACCGACCUCGACAAAAUCCAGGAAUCGCUUGUUCUCAUCUUCGGCCACCUCAAUCGUAAACUGAAGCUCUCGCCCUAUCCCAUCCGACGUGCCCUUCCUCUUGUCGAAGCCAUCUCGCGCGACUUCAACGACCAGCUCGUGCGCGUGCUCACAUCUCACCGUCUGCCCUAUACGCCGUAUGACACCUUCGAACGUCUACUCUCCACGACGAUGAACAUUUUCCGGACGUGGGACGACCUUAUCAAAGAAUUUACCAACGUCGCACGUGAGGUCACCAGGAAGCGAAGUGAGAAGUUCAUCCCAAUCAAGGUCGUGCCGGCGCACGCGAAGCUGCAAGAACGUGUGAGGUAUUUGAGGGACUGGAGGAAGCAGCAUGAGCAGUUGGCGGUGAUGACCGGUCCGACGAAAGGUUUGGGUGUUGGGAUUGAGGUUGGUGGGAUGGACAUGGAGGAGGAGGUCAGAGAGGCCUACGAAAUCGUGAAGAGGAUCGAUGUGCUGGACGUUUCUGUCGACGGGACCGAGAUUUGGGUCACUGCGGAGAAUGCGUACAACGAGCGCGUGGCAAGGGUCGAAAACCAAAUAAUCGCCAGACUAAGGGACAGGCUCGGAACUGCAAGGAAUGCGAAUGAGAUGUUCCGCGUUUUCUCUAAGUUCAAUGCGCUCUUCGUCCGGCCCAAGAUUCGUGGAGCCAUCCAAGAAUAUCAGACGCAGCUCAUCGACUCCGUCAAGGAGGACAUCAAACGCCUCCAUGACAAGUUCAAGACACAAUAUCGUUUCUCGGAAGCCUACCAUAUGUCACAAAUGCGAGAUCUUCCGCCCAUCGCAGGCGCCAUUAUCUGGGCGCGCCAAAUCGAACGGCAGCUGCUCACCUACAUGAAGCGCGUUGAGGACGUUCUCGGCAAAGGCUGGGAGCUUUACGCCGAGGGGCAGAAACUCCAGUCUGAAUCUUCGGCCUUCCGGCGCAAACUCGACACCCGGCCCGUGUUCGAGGCAUGGCUGCAGGACAUCAACCGGCGGGACAUGGGCGUGAACGGGCGCUUAUUCGAGAUCGUGCGCCUCAGAGGGGGCGGGUUCCAACUUGCGGUCAACUUCGACCCGCAGAUCAUCACGCUGUUCAAGGAGGUCCGAAACCUCCUGUGGUUAAACUUCCAGGUGCCGCACGCCAUCACGAAUAUGGCGAAGGAUGCCAAGAGGGUGUAUCCGCAUGCCGUAAGCUUGAUGGAGACGGUGAGGACGUACGGGCAGACUCUAGAUCUGGUCGAGAAGAACCAAGGGAUAGAGUGGCUUGUGGCCGAGUAUCGGAACGAAGCUCAAAGGAUGAUCAGUCGGGGCAUGAGCAUUCGAUGGGAUUACUUCGUCAACCAAUACGAUACUGCUCGUUAUGUGCCCUCGGCUGACGGACGGGACAACCGGCACAUUCAGUUCGUCCGGGAGUUCGCCAGCGUCGUCUCCGUGCUCCAGGACAAGACAAACAAUGUCAUUGACCUGUACAAGGAGAUCACUAGAGCGGUCGAAGACCUCGCCGCCUGUCCGUACACACCUGAGGCGUUUAGCGAUCUCUUGGGCAAAAUACAGGCUGCGAUCGACCGCCUGAACCUCGAGGGCUACGCCAAUCUUGAUCAAUGGGUGGCGGAGCUGGAUAAACGGAUAGAGGGCAUCCUCCUCCAGCGCUUGACGCACAUCAUCCAGGUGUGGUGCUCAGAGUUCGACCGGACCGACGAUGGUGACUCGCGAGUGGGGAUUGCCCCGGUCCGAGACCUCAACAACAAGCGGCGCGCCGAUAAGCGCAUGAAGGAUGAUAGGGGCCUCGAGGGACAUCUCGUGAUGAAGCCAAUUGUGCACGAAAUCCGGAUACAGAACCAGGUCAUUUUCUUGGACCCGCCAAUAGAAUACGCCCGUCAGACCUGGAUAAGGCAACUUCACGAGUGGCUAGGAACCGUGUGCUUGCUCCGCAGGAUCCAAAGCUCGCGUUACGAAAUCGGACUGCAAAUGCAGGUUGGUACUACAUCAGAAACUACGUAUACGUCUUUGCUGACCAGAUUUCCCGACGACACGCUGGAACGGCCGUUUGCGCUGGUGGAGAAUAAAGUCCAGCAGCUUCGCGACUACGUCGGCAAGUGGCUGCAGUUCCAGUCCCUCUGGGACCUCGAGGCGGAAUACGUCUUCAACCGCUUGGGCGACUCGCUCGCGCACUGGCAGCAACUACUGACGGAGAUCAAGAAGGCUCGCUCGACCUUCGACACUUCGGAGACGCAGAAGUCGUUCGGGGUGUGCGUCAUCGAUUACGAGCAGGUUCAAGCUCGGGUGAACGCGAAGUACGACGCGUGGCAGAGGGAUAUCCUCAGCCGAUUCGGCGUCAAGCUGGGUAACGCCAUGAAGGAGAUGCACGCUGCCAUCCUCAAGGCACGCAACGAUCUCGAGCAUCAAUCGAUAGAAGGUUUGGUCGGCGCUUCGCGCAGGUUCUAA